AUGACUGUAGACGCCGUGCCGCCUGUCGUUGCGCCAGUUGAAGCUGAAGUCAGGGAUGGAGCGGCAGUGCCCGACGCGCCAGUAGCACUGAUUGUCACAGAGCUUGCGGCGGAGUUUGAACCGUACCCUGGCGAGGUAGCUGCAGAGUUGUUUGUCGAUGAUGUGACUCCCGCAGACAACGAGAUUCCGCCGAUGCCACCAGCGCCAGUGCUCGCAUUCAAGCUUGACGAGGUCGGAGAAACAUUGCUGGAAGAAAUCGACGGGCUUGAGCCGACUGAGGACGAGGGAACACCACCGACUGCAGCGAUAGAGCUUCCACUUGAACUCGAGCCACCCAGAGAAGCUGUCAGGCUGGCGCUAGCAGAAUUUCCGCCGUCCGACCCUGGACCUCCAAUGCCAGCGCCUGCACUUGUCGAGGCACCAGGAUACGGGGUCAAGCCUGUGCUGGUAGAUGCUCCGCCGAUCGAUCCUGGACCUCCAGAACCAGCACCUCCACUUGUUGAGGCACCCAGAGAAGAUGUCAGGCCGAUGCCGGAGGACGCGCCGCCACUCGACCCUGGACCUCCAAUGCCAGCGCCUGCACUCGUCGAGGCACCCACAGACGAUGUCAGGCCUACGGCGGAGGACACUCCGCCAAUCGACCCUGGACCCCCUACGCCAGCGCCUGCACUUGUUGAGCCACUCAGAGAAGAUGUCAUGCUUAUGCUGGUAGAUGCUCCGCCAAUCGAGCCUGGAUCACCAAUGCCAGCGCCUGCACCUGUCGCAGAUGUCUGA